CCCUAUCUCAACCGGUCCGAGUACUCUAAGUUAGUUAUUAUUACGCAUUGCGUCUUAUCUCCCCUCGCUCGAUCUGUCCUCUUCUCUCCUGCAGUUCCGAUCUCUCCAGAGCUUGUGCGGGGUCUUUAAGACUGUUACAGUCUCGAACAAGCCCAGCAAGAAGGAUCUGUCUUUCCUUGAUACAUAGAUCUUCCAUACGGAGGUUCGGACAGGACACGAUCUGCGACGAUGGCCAUUCAUCCGACUCUGCAGACUGCCGCGCCAGGCACCCUGACGGCACAGCAGGCCCGGGCCAUAUCUGCUUGGACGGAACAGACUACAGCUUCGCUCCAGAACCUCACUAUCUCUCAAGAUGCCUCCACGGUGGCAGCAGGUACUGUUCUGAGAGGAACCAGUGUCUCUCUGACCAUUCCCCUCGAUGACCAUCCGUCAACAACCGAACCACGUCCUGCUCCACGUGCGAAAAUUGCCAACGGUGCGGGUGAAGAGCGACCGCAACGCGUCUCGCUCAGCUACCGACAUCGCGAGCCUAGCCGGCGGGACAGCCUCAAAAGACGGGAGGCCCUGCUCAAGGGGAAGGAAGGCAGCCGGCGUAGGCAGCGUUGGGAGAAUGACCGUCUUCUGAAUAACCCUUGGGCUCAGCCGCCUGCUCCCACUGACUGGCUUCCCCAGCCAACAUACCCGCGUCACGAGACCGUCCCCUACUACCUUGCGCCGCUGUGGGAUGCUCACUAUGCCCAUCAGGACCGCACCCACAGCAAGCGUUCUUCCAAGCGCGAGGAGAAGCAUCAGAUCCCGAAGGAGCUUCGUAUGAGGCUAAAGCAUGCGCGUGCGGCCCGCGGACUGCUCCAGGACCUCGAGGAAGAUAUCAGACACUUCGUCCAGAAGUGGAACGAGAAGCAGCUGAUGCUCGAGGACGAAGGUCUGACUGAUGCUCCAUCGCCCGCAGACAUCUCUGAGGAUGAAGAUGAGAUUGUCUUUGUGGGCAGAAACGGACAGAUGCACGACUCUCCUGAGCGGAAGCGCGUGCUGAGACAGAUGCGAAAGGACCUCAGCCAGCAUCAGGAGCGCGACGGAGAGAAGAUGGUCUUUGAGAGUCUGGCCGGUGACCGCGGUGCUGGGUUUGGACGCUGGCUCGUCCACUCUAUUGCAUCGUACUAUGGACUUCACACCUGGUCUGUCACCAUGGGCAACCCUUCCCGUCGUGCAGCCUUUGUUGGGUUCUAUCCUCCUCCGCCUAGCACGCGGGAUGAACAGGUUUCGCUUCCACCAGCCUCGAUGACUGCUUCUCGCCGGGACGUCACCAUUAAGCCAGGAGAGCCACUUCCACGACCCCUUUGGGCCCAGAUCUAGAUUUGUAAUCGAUUCCUCAUUCUUUGCGUCAGAUAGACGUGAGAGGCGUAUUGUGCGCUGUAUACUUUCCAUUUGUUACAGGUGAGACAGGCGGGACGCGUCAGGGUAUUCACUUGAUACUACCGGGCAUCGCAACCUGCCAGUGUAGGAUAUAUCGAGAAACAUUGUUUGCCCUUUGUUCUUCUGACAGAGUCAUCAUCUAUAGAUGUAAAACAUUGCUUCACAUCUGCCGACAGGUAUUAUGUCGGGAGUGGAAGAAAUGUAGCAGGAACUAACUCAUCGACGACGCAUAAUUGGCAUUAGUCGAGUUAAAGCUGGAUUCACUCGAUUCGAGAUUUCCGGUAACAAUGGCUGUAUCAUCGCCUAUGAGCCCAACCUCUUUACAAAUUA